CAUUUCGGAAUAAACACUUCUUUACGAUGAGUGAUAUCACUACAAAGUCUACAAAACAGACGGAAUCAUUGGUUUGUGGAGAAUUCAAAGCACUUGGACCUGCUCCAUAUUAUGUUGGUGAUGAGAUUAUCGUGAUGAGAUGUGCAGAGACAAUCAAUGAGAUUUUUUCGGAUUGGACAAAACGAGCAAAUCUCGACGAAAACAAAUACACUCCAUUUGAUGUGAAUGCACCGAUUGAGCUUCCACGACGUACUGACAUGCUCAAGUCAUAUAAUCUAGAUCCUCCAAUUAAUGAAACUGGGAAAAUUGCUUCUAAAAUGAUUGCUAGAGAACUUUGUGAUCGUCAUGCAAUUCCUUCCGUCAUCUUCUGCUCUCCAGAUUUUGCUUCUGUUGAAACCGCUCAUUUGAUUAAAUCAUACAUUGGUGAAAAGUGUGGUGCAAUUCGAAUCGAACCGGAACUUUCCACACUUCACAAAUCAGCUCAUGUAUUUUUUGGACCGAAUCAUUUCACAUCUUUGGGAUACGGGAUUGAUGAGAAGAAUCCAUUGCACGCUGUGUCUGACGGAGUGUCCCUAUCUGAUUUGGUCAAUCGCAUCAAAAGAGCAUUCUAUGAAUUGACGUCCAAAGUUGACAAUGCUCUAAUAAUCGUGGAUUCUCUGUCAAUGAUGAUAAUUUCUUCACUUUUCCACAAUGUCUACAUUCGUAAUGAUUCAUCUGUGGAUCUUGAACGUCUUCGUAGUCUAGCUUCAUUCCCAUCCCUUUCUAAUUUUACUGCCUACCGUGUAGGUGGACAGACUGGAGUGAAAACUUAUGAUUUAACCAGCACUUGCCUUCGUCCACUGACAUUUACUGGAUUUUCGAAUGAAAUCGAUUUGGAAUAGAUGAAACCCAAAGGAUCUAAAAGGAUUCUUUUAAUCGUGUGAUUUUAUUCUGAAAAUUCACAAUUAUCAAGCUAUCCUGAUGAAUUAUUUAUUUUAUUAUUAUUAUGUCAGUAUAAAAACAAAUUAUAAGCGA